GAUCAGCUUGUCCGCCGUGAUGAGGAACGUGUUCAAGGAAACGGCUUCGCUCUCUGUGCUGCUGGAGCGCAGGCUGGAGUUGGCACACAGGCAGUACUCCGUAGAUGUCGACCUCCUCUUGCCCGGGCUUCUGGGAACCCGAGUUUUUGGCCUGAUGCAGAACAGGGCCUCACAAUGGAGCUCUGCCCUGAGGGUCAAAUACGGCCUGCGAGGAGACGCGCGGAACCUUCGGCACGAGUGUCACACAGCCCAGACGGCGAGGAACGAGUUGCAGCCGAACGAGACGCACCACCUGAGGGCGGAGCAUGAGCUGCACUGCUCAAACGCCAUGUCCAUCAACCAUAAGCUCCUGCUGAGACAUGAAGAGGGUCCGGGUCACGUCCGCUCGGUGCUGGACCUGAGUUACGGAAAGCACUGGGACGAGAUCAACAACAAGCGACGCGUCCUCCUCAGCCAGUCCUUCAAGAACCAGUCCAGACAUGCCCUCACCAGCUACCUCCUCGAGUUCAGCUUGCAGGUGCUGGAGAAACACCUGAGCUACAGAACCCAGCUGCUGCACUCCCACCUGCGCCAGAAGGGGGCUGAGAGCAGCACCCACCUCAAAGUGAACUACAACGACCAGCUGCCCCUGAUAGCCGGGCUGCACUGGAGAGACUUAUCCAAGGCCCGUCUGCGUAGGUGGGAAGGAGCAUUCAACAUGGACACGCCGUGGCUGUAUGUCUACACGGCCCACAAGCUGAGCCAGCCUCAGCGUCGUGCGGUUCAGUUCAGCACCGAGAUCACAACCCGCAAGUGGGUGACUCUGCGCAGUUUGGUGCUGGAGGGCUUCUACCGGGAGAAGAGCCGGGAGCGCGAGGGCCGGCUGCACCUCUACACACCUACGGACACCUACUUCAAGGUAAGUGGCUGGGGUACAACUGGGAAGCAGAGCCUGAAGGCUUCCGGAGCCCUGAGCUCGGUCUGGACCCCCACCCUGCGGGGGGACCUCUCCCUGGAGGGCAAGAAGGACAAGAAGGCACUGCAGCUUGUCUCCAGCUAUGGCAGACAGAACAUCACCAUCUCUGCCUCAGUCGUCACCAUAGAUAAGAGGCUGAGGAAGAGGCUGGUGGCCAUGAAGGUGGUCCUGAUGGAGCCUAAGGGCCUGCCGGUGGAGCUGGAGCUGGAGGGGGCGGUUGAGGAACUGAAGCGGGACAGGGAGCUGUACCAGAAACAGGGAACGCUACGCCUCAGGCAGCCCUUCCUGCACUUCCCCCAGAAGCUGCUCCUCCAUGAGGUCUUCACAGUGGACCUGCGAAGGAGCCGCUACAUCCUGGAGUCGAGGGCUGUCCUUAGCGGAAAUAAGGAGUGCCUUCAUCGCCUUACCUUGAGCUACCACCCUGACAAACCCUCCGUGUGUUCCGCCCUCACUCACCCCUUCAGGUCUGAGACCAUUCCCCAGGAUUCCGAGCUGUGUGUUACACUUUACACCAACCAGAGCCAGCAGGAAGUGCAGGGCACAGUGAGGGUCAAUAGGAAGGACAAACUCAUAGUUCUGGGACAGGUGCAGAACAUCUCAGACCCAUCUCAGCAAGGCUGGGUCUUCCAGGUCAACCUCACUCACCUGCUCCAGAUCCAGGUCCCUCAGUCAGCGAGCCUACAGGGGGCGCUCUACUGGAAGCUCUCCAACAACAGCAUGUUUGGGUAUCUAGCGACAGGAAAGGCCGUAGUCGACCACCAGCGAGAGAGCCAGUUUGCAGUGCAGCUCAACGGAUCGUCCAGGGAAGUUGGUCUCUACUCGUCCUUCAGCCAGCACCACAGCUCCGCAGUCCCCAAAACAUUCGAGGCCCACGCCAGGGCGCAGCGGGAGGGAGGCCGCAUCGGCACCUCCGUGUACGUGAAGACGGACGGGGCGGAUCGAGCCAACCUGGAGGCUGAGUUGGUCAACGUGGCGGAAGAGGACACGCGGCUCCUGGGUGCCAGGGCGGUCCUGCGCCAAAGGCUGGUGCCCAUCUUACAGGACCUUGAUGUGCAGCUGUCGACCAAUGUUUCCGCCGACAGGAUGUCUGCAGAAUGCAGCGUGAAGCAAGCUGGUGGUUCUCUUCAGGCCCAGCUGGGCGGCGCUCUGGAACCCAGGCCUGGGCUGCGGGCGUCCAUCAGAGGGGGUCUGCAACACUCUCUGGCCAGCCUGCCAGCACUGCCACCCACCCUGGGCCUGGAGGGGGCACUGAGGCAGUCGCAGCAGCUCACUGAGGGACAGCUGACCAUGGUGGUCGGGGAGGCUGCUUAUGGCCUGGAGCUGCGCCACCAUGAUUCGGAAGGUCCCGGGGAGCAGGAGCAGGGCGUGCUGGGAGUCGAACCGGGCUGGGCCAGGGCCUGGCUGCACAUGCGUGGCCCAGGACAGAAUCUACAUGUGAAUGUUAGCAGCAACCUGGGGGAUUCGCAUGGCGGGGGGCUCCACGCUACGCUCUCACACUCCUCCGCCCAGCUCCUAGCUGCAGGUCUUCCAUCCAACAGCAGCAUGCGGGCGAGCUGGACCUAUGGUGAGCAUGGUGUCUCCACGGUGACGGAGCUCCAGGUGGGGUCGCAGGGCCUCCGGGCCGAGGUAGAGGGGGGCCGGAGAGGACGGGGACCCCCACGGUGGGAGCUCUUCUCCAGCCUGCGGCACCACUGCACAGCCUUGCUGGAGAGAGGCAUCCCCAGAGCCACGGAUGUUUCCGGACACUAUCAGGCGGAGCCACACGCCAUGAGCGCAGGGGUGGCCGUCCAGGUGGACCAGCGCAGGAAGGCGGAGGUGCUGGUCGAAGGGGGGCGGACGAACGGCAGCGUCAGGGUUGCCGUGUUGAUGGAACACGGCGUGAAGAGGCUGCUGGGAGUCCUGCCCACAAGACUUCAGAUGGACUGCAGCGGAGAUGGCGGCGCGGAGCAGCUCUCCGGCCGGUGCUCUGGAGCCGUGGCCGACCAACCCAUCGAGAUGCGGUUCCCCAGGCAGUUCUCGGUGAACGGGACGGUCGCAACCGCUGCCUGCGGCCUGCACCUUGACACCCGGGUGGAGAGUGCUGCUGGGGAAGGGGCGGGGCUAAACCUGGUGUUUGACUGUGCCUCCAAGCUCCGCCUCCAGGCCACCGCGCAGCACACUCUUCCCCCGCUGCAGCGGCUGGGGGUCCCCGCCCACAACACCCUCACCGUCUCGGUCCAGAAGGACCCAGCGCCGGCAGCCAUGCUCCUGGACCUCACGCUGGGCCGGUGCGAGUUGAGAGUCCAGACCAACAUUGACCGUGCCCUUGGACCGGAGGAGACCGGGUCCGGUUGGGCCGCCAACCUGACCAACCGCUGCCUGGUCCUGAAGGAAGCAGGCGUUCCGGAGUCGCUGGAACUCUCCGGGCUGCUCUCUCUGUCCCCCUGCCGCUCCGCCCUGUCCUGCAGCCUGACUGCCGACGGCGAGGCCCUCGCCCUGCAGCUGAGUCACUCCUGCCGUCCCACACACAGCCUCACGGGGGCGGUGACGCACUCUUUCUCCCGGCUCGGCAGCUGGGGCCUGCCCUCCGAAAGCAGGCUGGUCCUGAUGGCACCCGGGGGUCCCGGCCGGGACGGGACCCUCCUGCUGAAGGCGGGCUCUUGUCGAGGCUUCAGUCUGCCGGCUCAGUCCCGGUUCAACGGCUCCCUGCUGCUGGAGGACUGCGCGCUGGAGGUCCGAGCCGACGCUCGGGUCGACGGUCACUGGGCCUCCGUCCGACUGACCGCCGGGUGCCGCCAAGGGCUGCGGCUGGAGGGGCUUCCGGAGCACGGCUCGUUGAUGCCAGAGUCCAGAAGGGCACCGCCUUUACAGUACGGUGCCGAGCUAGAGCUCCGCGUGCGCCGCUGCGCCCUGGGGGUCUCCGGGGGGCUGCGGACAGCAGGGAGGCUGGAGGGCUCACUGCUUCUGCACAACAACUGCACGGCCCUGCAGCACCUGGGGGCUCCAUCCAGGGUUGAAGGACACGGGUCCCUGCUUAUGAGCACGGGGCUCAUGGACUCCCGCGUGUCCCUCGUCUCAGGUGACACCCACCUGCGGGCUCUUCUGAGCACCAAGGCCGCCAGGAAUCGACAGGAAGCGCUCGCCGAGCUGAGCCACUCGGCCACUCUGCUGCGGGAGGUCGGGCUUCCCACCAGCACCGCGCUGGCCUUCAGCUCGGAGCGAGGACACGACUCCUACCGCAGGGCUGUGAGCUGCAGUUUGGACAGCCAGCAGAUCAGCGAGGACUUGAGCGUGGAGAGGACUGGGACGGAGGUCCGGGUGGAGUACCGCCUCGAUCACUCCGUGGGCUCCCUGCGGGGGUGGGGGGUGCCCGAAAACAACAGCGUCCAGGCCGAGCUGGACUUCGGUCAGGCGAGGCGUCUAUCUGUGCGCUCCCGGCUCGGCGAUCGGUUCGUCAGCCUCGGUGCUCGCCUCAAGGACGCGCCCGCGUGCACCGAGGUUGCUGGAGUCCUGGAGCACAGCUGGGCCUGGCUGCGGGAAAAAGGGCUCCCCAGCGCGGUGGAGGUGUUGUGCUCCAUACAGGGGUCUCUCCCGCAGCUCCAGGCCAGGGCUCACCUAUCUACAGAUGGAGAGAAGCUCCUGGCCUCUGCGCUGAAUGUUAGCUUAACUGGGGGUCGUCUCGCCCUGCUGCUCUCCCUGGCUGGACCCCCCCACCUCGUCCCGGGGCCACUCCGCGGCCUGGACGCUGCCGUCACUGCCCACUACAGAGGCAGCCAGAAGCACGCCUCUGUGGACCUGUACUGCAAUGGCACGCGAGUGCGGUUGGUGGGGGAGGCGACUGUCUGGGGAGCCGGCGGGCGGGAGGCCAGGGUUGCUCUGCAGCACAGCAGAGAGGGGGAGGACAAGCCCACAAUACAGGUGGAGGCCUGGGGGAGGCUGACCGAGACUCAGCUCCGGGGAUCUCUGGCGUGGAACCCCAAGACUAACUCCUCGCUGGCUAUCACAGUGCAGGGACACAACCUGCCGUCCAGAAAGGAGUUGAACUGCAAGGUACAUCAGAGCAUACCUGCAUUGCAGCUGUACCUGCCUCCCCAGCUUGACGCCAAGACACAGGUAAACCAUACAGGCUCAACACUGCACGGGUUCGCCGAGGUAAAACUAGGUGGCAACAAGCUACAGGCCCUGGGCGAACUGAGCAUCGCAGAAUCUGGGUACAAACAAGCAGUGGAGGUCAAGCACUCCUUCCCACAGCUGAAGUCCCUUCCCGGGAAUGUUGCGCUAAACUCGAUCUAUGAAGGAGGGAACCACACUUGCAGGCUGCAGCAGAGAGUCGUGUGGGGAGGUCAAGAGCUCAGUGUGUCAGGCCAGUACCUGAGCCUCGAGCAGGAAAGGGGCACUCGCAGGCUGCAAGUCCAGAUGACCGGUACGUUUGCCAUCCUGCCAAGCGCAUGUGGACUGGACGUCCAGCUGGAGAGGUCGGCUCACCGGCUGUUGGACAGCAUCCUUCUGGACUGGAAGGGACAGGGAACAACCGAGAAGGUGAGGGCGCUGUGCUCUCGGACCAGAGACGACGAGCUCUGGGAGGGCAGGGUGGAGCUGAGGCAGCCUUUUACCCCGCCCCUUUCGCAUCUUCACCUCCGCGCACUCUCGCACACGCGCGCUGGAGGGCAGGGGAGCAGCCACCAGGUGCGAGCGGCGCUCCCCUUUGCGGAGCUGGAAGGGUGCGGCUCCGUGGCGCGGGAGGGGAACUCGUACUCCCAGACGGCAGAGCUGAAGUGGGGGGGCAGGCGCAUCACCCAGGCGAUGAAGUACCAGAGAGGCGCCAGGGGUGGACACACCCUGCAGCUGGAGGGGGGGGCCGACAACGUGUCCCCCCAGCCCUGUCCGUCCCACACCUUCCUCGCCCAGGUGCACACCAACGGCCGCGACCGGCUGGAGCACCACCUUCUCCUGGGCCUGUGCCCCCCACACCCGUCUUGGGCUGUGUCUGGGUACCACCGCGUCGGCACAGGCCAGGAGCUGCUCUACUCCCAGACGCGUCUCUCGGUGUCCGGUCAGUCCCAGUACAGCGGUCUGACCGUGGUCCUGACGAACACCUCCAUGCCUCUGCGCACCAACUUUUCCUUCCACACCGAGUUACAAGUUGGCGAUGGGGCUUUGGAGCUCGGGGGAAGUGUGUUCUCCUCCCGCCGGGGGGGUGGGCUUCAGGUGGGGGCUGUGCUCGACCGCAGCGAGCGCCUCUGGCUGCAGGGGGCGCUGGAGGGUCGCUGUGUGCAAGCAGCUGCAGGAUACAAUGACGGUAGGAUCUCCUUCCACGUGGAGUAA